GGCGAUUGUUAGAAAUUGUAUAUUAGAAAAAAACAAAAAUGGCCUGGUAUAAUUACUUUACCAUAGAAAUACCAAUGAUGUUGAUGUCAUUUUCCUUUUUAUUACAAGGGCCAAUUAUGACAAAUCUCUUCGUUUACAGAACAUGCUACAUUAUACUUCAAUACAAUCAAUCCGACUGCAAACAACUCGGUACAAAUAACAACAACAUUACUAAAGUAUUGGAACCGAUGGUACAACCGACGGUGAAUCAGAUUAAUAUGGCUAAUAAUAUCAUUAAUACCUUCUUACCCAUGAUAUUUUGCAUGUUCUUGGGCACGUGGUCGGAUAAGUUUGGUCGCAGACCUUUCAUGCUAGGUUGUCAUGUAGGUAUGUUACUACAUCAAGGGCUAAGUACAAUCUUAGUACAUUUCGAGGAUUUAUCGCCAUGGUGGUUCACUUUGAGCUCUAUACCGUCGAUGUUAACUGGAGGAUUUUCGUCUAUAAUGAUUAUUAAUAACGCUCACAUUAUCGACGUGACAACAGAAAAGAACAGAAUUAUUAGGUUAACAGUAUUUGGAGCAGUAUUUAGCGUAUCGUCAGCCAUAGCUAAUCUAGUAUCUUCGUACAUAUUUUAUGCCACAAGCUACGAAGUUAUUUAUCUCAUAGGAUUAUCGUUGAUUACUAUGAGCUUCUUCUAUACACUGUUCUUCAUACCCGAAUCUUUGAAGGAAGAAAAAAAGCCAUUUACACUAAAGGAAAUAAUGAACUCGGUAAAUGUAAAAGAGAUAAUAAAGUACACUAUCAGAAAAAGGGAAAACAACGCAAGAUUUUAUAUAUUUUGGUUAAUAGCCACGCAUAUAUUUACCAAUUUUGGAAUGGGCGAUAUGUCGAUUAUUACACUGUAUCUGAGAGCCAAGUUACAAUGGACGUUGAAGAAAAUUACUCUGGUUCACAGCGCUGUUAGUUUCGGAGCAAUUUUCGGUAAUUUAUUCGUGACGUACGUUUUGCACAAAUUUUUAAAAAUCAAAGACGUAAAGCUGGUCAUUUUGGGCAUUACUAUGCGCUGGUUGGGGUGUCUUUUACGAGGAUUCGCAACCAACGACUAUUACAUUUAUGCAGCUUACAUCACAAGUUUCUUUGAGGGUUUUCCGAUGCUCAUGCUAACAAUGAUUUUAUCCAAGUUGGUUUCCGCCGAAGAAAUGGGCAAAAUAUUAGCUCUGAUAAGUGUAAUCGGUAGUCUCAUUGGGAUGCUGACAUCGGUCAUGUAUCCUCUCAUAUAUAAUGCUACCAUACAUUCCUUCAUUGGUUUAUUCAAUUUCGUAUCAUUAGGGUUUUGGGUGUUAUCCGGUUCAGCCACAAUUUACCUAAUGAUGGCGAAGAUUCCGCAUUACUUGUUAGCGCAAGGACCAAAUCUAGAGGACGAAAAACAAUCGAGAAGGGUUAGCUCAGUCCUUGAAGCAACGGCGACAAACCAAUGGCAAAUCGUCCCAUCACCAUCCUUAGACGAGGUUAAUAUGAGGAGAGUAUCGCUUUCGUCGCUUACGUAAAUUCAGAAGAACUUUUGUGUAUUUUUUGUAAAUAGUUAUUCGAAUUUAUAAGUAAUGAGAUAUUGUUAGAACGUUCGAGAAAGGAGUUAUCCUGGAAAUUCUCUUGGAAGUUUGAGAGCUCGCUUAAAUCUCAUUAUUUUAAAGAUACCAGUAACUCCUGUUGUUUAGACUUUAAGUAUAAUUUCGUGAUACAAACUCUCAUAAAUCCUCGGAUUUUUAGUGUUGAAAAGUCGAAGCUUACCCCCUCGGGAGCUUCUACCAGGAUAUUAAUAUAAUUCCAC